UCCCCCCAGCAGGCAGUAAACACCGGGGUCGUGUUGCACAACUCUGCCUCACAUGCACUCGGCCACCACUGGAAUAAAUUAGCCAUGGCGGCGCUGCUGAAGAAGAGAGCGCUGGCGGAAUACUGUCAGACUAUCGUGGAGGAAGCUCCAAAACCAGCUAAGCGACUGCAGUUAGUACGACGCACUCGAACAGUUGACCACAAUGAGUUCAAUGUUUCAUCACUGGAUACUACAGAUGCACAACAACUACUCCCAUCACUGGUGAACCUCCAUCAUUCUCUUCCUAUUUCGGGUGAGGCUCAGAGUGAGGCAGUGGAAGGGCUGAUGAAGCUGGUUCCAAAUGACUCCCUCUCUCCCAUCAUCACCACCAAAGUGCUGGCUCUCCUGGCCAACAUCAUCACUACACAUGCUCAAGCACAGCCUGUUUUUGAAGAAAUAUUGAGCGUGACUCGUAGAAGCAAGUCACAGAAAGUUAUUGCGCAGGGUGUCAACACUGCCUGUGCCUUGUCUCAGUGUAUUCCUCAAGACCCCAAGUUACAGGAUCAGGUCAUCCAGUUGGCCCUCUCCCAGUUCAGCAGCUCGAGCUUUAUCAUAAAGGUGCGGUCAUUAGAAGCAGUAGGAAGCCUGUGCCCUGUGGAAGCUGGUCGUGUACAGUCGGCUAUAAUGACAACGUUAAUUGAGCACACGUCACACCAGGACAACAGAGUCAGGACUGCUGCCUUCAAUUCUUUACUGGUUGUGCAAGAGAAGGGAGUGAAACUUCCACCAGAUGUAUAUGAUAGUGCGUGCCAGGCACUCACUGAUGAUUACCAGUGUGUGCGGGAAGCUGCUCUUCUUCUUGUAAAGGUGGCUGCAGACAGUGACCCUGAGCGGUUAGUACCCAUCCCAGACAGUGACCACCACGUGCGUCUGAUCGACAAUGCCUUCUCACAGAUCUGUAAUGUUGUUAAUGACAUCAGUGUGAGAGUAAGAACUCAGGCUGCCUCACUCUUGGGGACAAUGACUAAUGUCUCCGAGAGGUUUUUACAACAGACCUUGGAUAAGAAGCUCAUGUCUAAUAUGAGAAGGAAACGGUCCGCUCAUGAACGUGCACGUGCCAUGGUAUCUUCUGGAGAGUGGUCAUCUGGAAAACGAUGGGCAGAUGAUGGCCCCAAGGAACAUAUGGAAGCAGAUUCUGUUUCCGUUAUUAAUACUGGCUCUUGUGGAGCAUUUGUACAUGGUUUAGAAGAUGAGUUUUUAGAGGUGCGGAAUGCAGCCCUAGAUUCUCUCUGUGCCCUGGCUCUUAACAAUGAGUACUUUGCCAACCAGUCCCUCGACUUUCUUGUUGACAUGUUUAAUGAUGAAAUUGAAGAAGUUCGUCUUAAAGCUAUUCAGGUUCUACAGCAAGUAGCUGCCCACAUCAUUCUUCGAGCUGAUCAGUUAGAAGAGAUCCUUCAUGCCUUAAAAGAUACCUCUUUAGAAAUUCGUGAGUGUCUCCACACUUUCUUGGGAACUACCAUUCUCUCUACUAUAGCGUGUGUCAAACUGUGUGUCACGGGUCUACUUGACAAUCUCCGCAGAUACCAACAGGACCGACGCAGUAUACACCGCUGUCUGCGACGUUUAGGGUCAAACCAUCCCAUUUUAGUACAAGCACUAGUACCACAGCUCCUUGUCAUACACCCUUAUUUUGAUGGUGUUGAGCCCAGUGUACAAGAUGGGGAAUACAUUUGUAAGCUUAUACUGGUGCUUAAUGCAGCCGUGCACUGCCCGACCAUUCUCCCUCUACUAGAACAACACACACUUCGCCACUAUGCAUAUCUACGUGACACCAUGCCACAGCUGGUUCCAGUUCUUAAGCUUGGAGAAGAAUGGCAGCCAAGAGGGGAGACUGUACCCACAAAUACACUACGGUUCUUAAGGGAAUCCAUGGAGAAGGUUGCAUAUUUGGAUAGAUCUUCUACACAACUUCGUCUGACUGUUUACCAAACUGUCCAUUCUGAUUUAGUCAAGCUUGCAGAUAUUGAUCCAGCACUGUCACCAGCAGCUCAUUUUGCUGCUUUGUAUACACAGUGCAUGUUGUUGUUUAGCAAGAUACUAUCAACAAGAAACUGGCUGACCCCAUCCUCACUCUCCAUGCAGCAAAGUGGUGCCCUUAAAAGUAAUGUUGAUCAGCUGUUGAAGAACACUUUUCGAUUGCGUCAUGCAUUCACAAACUUAAGUCCUGCAGAGGAGGCUAGUAUCAGAAAUCUGAGAGUGCGUACUCUAGCCCUGCAGUUAGUGUAUGUAGUACACGGUUCGACUGGCUCUGCUUUAGGUUUGUGUGAUAAUUUCUUGGAACACACAGAAGCGCUUCACAAAUAUCUCACGGAUGAAAAAUUGAGUGCUGAUUCUUUCUUGGAAGCAGUGUUUGAAGAAUUGAGUCAGUUGGAAGAACCUCGUCCCGGUGCAGUUGCUCGCAUUUUACAGCCACUUCUCCUAACUCAUCCAGUCCCAGCUCUAGCUCCUAUACUUAACCCUGCACAAGUCCAUAUGUGUUCUGCUGAAAUUAUUGAACCCCAGUCAGAUAGUGAUGCAAUUCAUAAGUUAAGUGCAGGAUUGGUGGUUGGAGUACCUCUUGAUGCUGAAAUAUCACAUAUCCCAGACCCAUCUACAUUGCGCAUACGUGUAGCUUACCCAGAUCACUCUACUCACCUUGUUGUUCCCCCUAAAAGUCACCUUCGAUUAGUAAGUCCUGGUACGUAUAGACUUCUGACUACUGUAUUAGUGUCUGCACAAGUGUCGUGGUCAGAAGCUUGUCAUGUGGGACUAUCAUUAGUGCUGGAUCUCAGUGAUCAGGAAGUGCUAGCAGCAAGAAGACAUUGUGUUGUUAAAACUGAUGAUUCGGCUACAAUUAUACAACUUGUCAAACCAGUUAAGGUUCUUGUCUGGCCUAAAGCCAUUAGAAAAGGAAUAUAAGCCCAAGUGUAGUUUAUACAUAAUUUUGUCAUUUAAAUUAUCAAUCAUUUCAUCAAAUUUAAAACAUUGACUCAUUAAAAUUAAGGUGCAAUAAGAACUUGUAAGAUACAGUAUGCCAGUAUGUACACAUUAUUUUUUAUAAAACAACAGUUUCUCUUGAACGUUCUCCAGUGUCUUGUUUGUCAUCGAAGAGGUAUUCUUGACCUUUUCAUAUUAAAUAUUCUGGUUUGUACAUUGUUUCAAACAUUACCAGUAUUUUGCAAAUGUAAUUACUAUGAUCUUGUAAUUUUUAAAUGUAUGAUGUACUGUAUAAUUGGCUUGCAGAUUCAGUAGUACACGAGUGAGCACACUUAUGCCAAGUUUUGCAGUGCAUAGGUGCAAUGGGAUAAAAGCAUGCUCAAUAUGUAUUUACUUUAUGCAUAGUGAACUUGCUUUUAGCCUCUUUUUUUUGAGUGUUACAGCCUCAGUAUUGGGAUGAUCCCCAUCUCUUCCCUUACAUCAUAGAAGAGACUGGGAAUUACAUGACCCCUUGUUAUUACCCCGGUAGAUAAUAAGUCUUUCUCGGGUACCUGACAUUAGUAGGUCUAACAGGGAGCUACCCAGAAAUAACUUACAUUUAUAUAGUAAAAGUAUUUUUCUACCAAUAACUGGUAGAAAGUGCCAAUAACUUACUAAGUAAUAGCCUCACUAAGUCCCUCUAAUUCACUGCUGAACGGAAUACAAUUUUUUAAAAAAUCAGUUCAUAUUUUUACAUUAAGGUAUUUCUUGUAUACAGUAUUUGUAUUUUUAAUAAAAGAUACUUUACAAGGGUGUAAA